AUAUCGCAAGAAACAAGAAUUCUGUGGGAUAUGGCGAGUGAGGGUGGCCACACCAAUGACGCAACCGCUCGACGCCGAAGAAUCGCUGAGAAGGGAUCUGACCGUUUGGCUCUGAUCACCGCUGGGCGGACCUCGAACCCUCCUACCUCUUCUAAUGCUUCUCUUACCGAUGAAAACUUAUCUGAAAUUGGAGGAAGCAAGGUUCAACCGGUUUCGCGCAAACCCGAAUCAACUAAAAUGGAAGCUCCUAGUGAGAACCGAUCAUCUCCCCCAAAAUCAAAACAUGAUACAAGUUCAAAAAUGAAAAUCUAUCUGUACAAAACUGUGAGCCCGAGUCAGUUACAACCCGCCAUUUUAGCCUCACAGGAUACGCGUCGCAAGUGUUCCUUUUUUGUUGGGAUCGUGGCAGUGCUAUCAUAUCUCGGGUUCCCUAUUCUAGGAAGCUACGUUAUAAGAAGCAUCCUAUUAUCCAGGCCACUUGUUCUACUAUUAUUCAUCAAUGUCAGCAUUACUGUUGGACCUCUUCUUUUGGAUGCUAUGAUGUUGAUCCAGCAAGAGCUAAACAACCCAAGCGAGGAGGCGGAUUUGCCAGAUAAUAUGGGUUCGCCGUUCGAGUGGGGUAUGCUGUUCAAAGCCGGUUUAAGUGCUUUGUUCAUGGAUUCGUGCAUCUAUUCUGUUGUCGUCAUUUGUGCCACGUCCUUCUUCCAGAAAUUCGGGUUGUAGGAUAUCAUUUCUCUACCCGGUUUCCUACAUUAUUGUCUAUUGCAUUGGUUAAUUUACUAAUUUUGUUACGUUUUCAUGAAAAAAACUUGAGCUUGUCAAUUUUGCAUUAGUGACUGUAAGUAGUGACUGUAAGCACUUAUAUAUUCGGCUUUUGUUUUAUGUUUUAUGUAUUGUGUAUAUGUUUUAUGUU